GAGGAGGUCUGAAAAAGCUCCACCCCUCACCUGCCUACCCAGAGAUAAACCAGGAAACAGUUUGUUCCCCUUCUUCACUUCACUUAGCUUCAAGAGAGACACGCGGACUGAAGAAGAGAUGAUCAGACUCACCUUCAGACCAAGCUAAAGACUUCUUCUGAGCUACAGGAGAAAAAAUAAGAAAACUACAACACUGCUGCUUCAACCUGCUGACGCUCCACACACUGAAGCUUCACUCAGAGACAAAAUGGCUUCCAGGUCAGUGGAGGAACUCUGUUGUCCAGUCUGUCAGGACGUCUUUAGAGAUCCUGUUCUUUUGUCAUGUAGCCACAGCUUCUGUAAAGACUGUCUGAUGAACUGGUGGAGACAGAAACAAGCACGUGAGUGUCCAGUUUGUAAGAAAAGAUCUUCAAGGGAAGACCCACCUUGUAACCUGGUGUUGAAGAACCUGUGUGAGGCCUUCUUUUUGGAGAGAGAUCAGAGAGCUUCAGAGGCUCUCUGCAGUCUGCACUCUGAGAAACUCAAACUCUUCUGUCUAGACCAUCAGCAGCCAGUGUGUGUCGUCUGCAGAGAUUCAGAAAAACACAGCAACCACAGAUUCAGACCCAUCGAUGAAGCUGCACGACAACACAAGAAGGAACUUCAGGAAACUCUGGAGUCCUUAAAGGAGAAGUUAAAGGUUUGUGAACAAGUUAAAGUGAAGUUUGAUCAAACAGCAGAACACAUUAAGGUCCAGGCUCGACACACAGAGAGGCAGAUUAAGGAGCAGUUUAAGAAGCUUCACCAGUUUCUAGAUGAGGAAGAGGAGGCCAGGAUGGCUGCACUGAGGGAGGAAGAGGAGCAGAAGAGUCAGAUGAUGAAGGAGAAGAUGGAGGCUCUGAGCAGAGAGAUAGCAGCUCUUUCAGACACAGUCAGAGCCACAGAGGAGGAGCUGAGAGCUGAAGACGUCUCAUUCCUGCUCAGCUACAAAGCUGCAGUGGAAAGAGUCCAGCAGCGCCCCCUGCUGGAUGAUCCACAGCUGCCCUCAGGAGCUCUGAUAGACCAGGCCAAACACCUGGGCAACCUGACCUUCAACAUCUGGAACAAUGACGAGGUCUCUUACACUCCUGUGAUUCUGGAUCCAAACACUGCUCAUCCAAUACUCAUCUUGUCUGAAGAUCUGACCAGCGUGAGACGAGGAGAGAGACAGCAGCUUCCUGACAAUCCCGAGAGGUUUGAGAAAUACUGGUCUGUUCUGGGUUCUGAGGGCUUUAAGUCAGGGACUCACAGCUGGGAUGUUGAUGUUGGAAACAGUACAGACUGGGAAAUGGGUGUGUUAGCAGAGUCUGUCCAGAGGAAGGGACUCAUACAGUCUGGAUUAUGGGGAAUAUGGUUCAAUAAAGGUAAAUACUCAGCACGGUCACCACCAGCUCCAGUCACUUCUGUAAGAGUCCAGACGAAGCCCCAGAGGAUCAGAGUGAAUCUGGACUGGAACAGAGGAAAGCUGUCGUUCUGUGAUCCUGAUACUAACACACACAUACACACCUUCACACACACUUUCACUGAGAGGCUGUUUCCAUACAUUACAACUGGGGAUGAACUGAAGAUAUCCCCAAUGAAGGUCUGUGUGACCGUAGAACAAAGCAGUUAGAGAUAAAGAUUACGGUUAUAUUCAUUAUGUUUAUUUCUUAAAGGGGAAAGUCUCAGAAUUUAACCUGUUCAGCUGCACCAGCUCCCCCUGCUGUCUCAUUAACCAAAGAUAUUUUUGUAACAUAUAGACAAAUAUGUCACCACCUAAAACAUUUGUGUUGUGUAAAAUCAUAUCCACAAAAAUACAGUGUUAUUUGCAAAUACACACAAUUUAAUCUGUACAAUUUAUUUGUGUAUAUAUUUACAGAUCUCUGCAGUACACAUUGGACAUAAUUACACAAAUGUGUAAAAAGAAAGUUACACAUGUAACAUGACCCACAAAUUGACAGGAAGUAAUCUGCAAAUGUGUAAAUACAGUUUUGUGAGUACACAUCACCAUGUGUUUUUGUGGAUAUGAUUUUAUACAUCACAAAUGUAAAAAUACACAUUUGCAGAUAGUGAAAUAUUUGCGCAUCAUUGUACACAUUUGUAGGGGUUACAAAUAUUAAAGUCCAAUUAAAACUUC